AUAUAAAAGUGGUAUAACUACUGAGAAAUCAGAGGCUACAGAUCAUUAAAGUAGGCGGGGAAAGAUCCAGAUGUAAUUUUAAGUGAGUUUAGCGCAAAUUUACUUUGUGUAAAUUUGUUCUUGGACACAAAAAAGUAGACAGCGUGAAAAAAUAUUUCAAACUGGUUUGUUUGAAUGUGGCUAUAAAUUGACCCAAAGACGACCCCCUACAAAUGUUUACAGGGGAUUUGUCUAAACGUGAAGAAUGUUGUCACACUGAAGGUUUUGGUUAGGUAGCACCUGUCAAGUUCAUUCACGCAAGAGGGAACACUUUCAUUCGUUCGCUCACUGCGACGUGGAUUCGGGUUCUACAAAGUAUGACGGAAAAUUAGCCUCUAAAGGUAAGUUUUCUUUUUGACAUCUCUAAGUAAGUUUUAUAAGCCUUAGCACCAACAUGACUUUGGCGAGGGGCCGUCUCCACAACACUGUGUUUCCCAUUCCAGACGGAAAAUGGCUCCAUAUUGAUUUCAAACAAUUAAUAUUUACCUUGCCAACAAAUUCGACUUAUGCAGUAAAAUAAAACUGAAAUGAUUUAGAGUACACUAAUAUAAAUGCGACGCUCUAUUUUAUGAUGGCAUAUGACGAUUUUAUGCAGAAAAUACGAAGCUUCUGACGGGAUGGUCGAAUUGAGACGAACAGCUCGAAAUGCGAUCGUUUCUACUACUCUUUAUAUCAUCAUCUCAGUAUUUCAGGUUAUAACCAAAGACGCCGCACAAGGUGCUCCGAUAUCCCUGGAUGUUUCUCGACUUCGUAUCAAUCCACUGGAGUGCUAUAAUCGCGCUAAAUCGUGCCCCAAAAUGGCUGAUAACGGUUACUGUGUGUCCAACUAUCAUUACAUGAUUGACAGGUGUCCAUGGAGCUGUCGAUUCUGCAGGAGAGCUAGAGGUAGUAAGAAGAGGUGUGGUCUCUCAAUAGAUGGGAAUCAACAAAGAGAAAUGCAACAAGCAUCUGCUCCAGCACCUUCCCCUAGGCCUUACGAUUCUCUCCUUCCACAACUGGUCAUGGGUCGUCUAACCUGGAGCGGUAGAAAUGAAAAAGCGCAGGAAAACAAGUCCACAGUUGAAGAGGUGUGGAAAGAAGAAAAAGAGGAAGAUGAAGACUUGGACGAGGGUGGACAACAGAAAGGAAAGGUUCCAGUCAUAAUUUCAGGGAACGACCGGGGUUCUGGUCACCGAGAGCUGACGAUAGAAAUGUCUUCCUCAGGAAAUGAAAACAUAAAGGAAGAGAGAAACCACGACGACGAAACGAAGGCUUCUGGUCAUUAUAUGGAAAACGAUUACAGAGAUAUGGAACAGAACGCGGCUUUAUCUGGUAGCGGCGAAGAAAAUGAGUCAAACAACCUCCACAUAACAAUGUACAAUAGACCUGAUAGCGGCCAGGGUGAAUACGUCAGACAGAUAUUUCCAGAAAAUGACUUCUCUGGAAGUGGUCAACUUGAAAAUCAAGAAGCAAGAGAUUACAUUUUACUACGUUCAUCUGGAAGUGGUCAGACAGACGAGAGAUUGGAAAUUGCAUCAUUCUCAGGGAGUGGGGAAUAAUGAACAGCAAACUAACAUUUUCAGUGCACUAACUGACCACGGAGUUUGAUAUCUUGUUUUAUAUUUUUAUUCGCAAUAAGCAUUGACGUCUUGGGGUUUUUUCAUAUAAUAUCCAAUAUUUCUAAAAGCCUAAAAUAUUAAUUUUUUGCAUGCAAAAUGUUAAAUAUUUCCAUUUUAUCAAGAAAAUUGUGGCAGUCUUAGGUUAACAAGUAUUUGCAAGCUAUACUUGUUAAUUGUAUUUCAAUUCCGCGUUGUGUCUUGAGUUUAUUAUUUUCUAUUUGUAUUAUUUGUACUAAACAACAGUCAGCUGAAAUUUCAACUCGAAAUGUUGGCUGGAUACAGUGCAUGAAAACAGUGGCAAAUACAGUUGAAAAUACCCCCUUACAGUUCCGUGUUCAUGAUAUAUAAUCGCAAUUUAUGUGCCAGAUAAUAGGCGUGUUAUGCAUGAUGACUGAGUCAAUUUUACGUCCCGGAUACUACGUAAUAGAUCGCUUCUCUCGAGCUGGACUUUAAAUCUUUCCUUUCUCCAGAGUGAGUUCCUCAGUCAUUACUGUAAGAUAUCUGACUGCAAGAUAUUCGAUACGUAUCUUACACCCCGGGGAGAAUCCCAUAUAAAAA